AUGCAGUCCUGGAGGCUGUCGGCGGCGGCGUCGGGCAGGCCGCGCCCACCGCCCUGCGAGAAGGAUUGCCCCAGGCCCGGCGACGGCCAAGUUCGGCCUGGCAAGGCGCAGCUCAAUAGGGGGGCGAGAUCGCAGCACGGCGCCCAGCGGAGGGUGGGCCGGUCGAGGGGGCUGGUGCGAGCGGGAGAAGCCCAGGGACAGGAGGCGGCGGGCGCGUCGGAGGAGCUGCGGAGGGAUGAGGACGAGUCUGAGUCGCGCGUUGGCGAGCUGGAGCGGGAGAACGCGAUGCUGAGGGAGCUUGUGGUCCAGCAUCUCCAAGACAUGGCAGUUGAAGAUCGUGAACAGUUCUUGGCAGCCCAUGAGGCAUUGGUGUCCCAGGGGAAGGACUUCUUGAUGGAGCUGCCCUCGUUGAGCAAGAGCUCACCACCACCACCACCACCUGAGGCUGCCCCAGAGCCGCCACAAGAAGAGACAACCAACAUUGCCACACCAGCUCAAGACGAAGGCACUUCAUAUUCUAUGGAUGGGGCUGCAGCAUCUGUGAGUGUCCAUGAUGACGAGAUCACUUUCAAAUUCAACGCUGUUCCUGGACAGCAGCCCAGCUUAAGGACAAGCAGGUUGCGAGCUGGAAUGUUCUCAGGCGGCUCACUGGGGCGGCGCGUCAGUCCGUAUGUGCUAUCAGCCACCCCCAUCCAGCGAACCGUGUCGGGGCAAGAAUCUUCGUCAGCAGGCCAAGGCAAUGGGGAAGAGGAGGAAUAUGAGGGGAAGGGGAAAGAGGAAGAAGAGAAGGAAGAGGGCAAGGACGCUGAAGCAGCCCCCACGGCAACCCCCUCAAACGUUGAUGCUGGUGCAGACAACAAACAGGCUGAGGGCCCUGCAUAUGGUGGAGGCCCAUCGAGCCUGCAGCUUGCAGCGCAAAGGGAGGUGGACAAGCACAACGGCAGUGUUCUGGCCAGUACUCGGUCGCACUGGCUCUACUUUACUGUGCCUGAGGUGCCUGUGGCUGGAGCAGACGUUGUGGUGUAUUUCAACAAGAACGUCAGUGAGCCCUUGAGAUAUUCCCACAAUGUCCAGCUGCGCCUGGCUUUCAAUGAGUGGGAAUUGGAGGCCGGGUCCUCCUUGUCCGACAUGACACCCACCACCAUCCCUCACGACGAUGGCUCUGAUUGGUGGUCAUGCCAGUUCACUACGCCGACUGAAGCCUACGAGAUGAACUUUGUCUUCGGCGAUGGUGUGGGUACAUAUGACAACAACUGUGGGGAUAAUUUCAUGUGCCAAGUCGCUGGGGGCAUGUCGCAAAUGGAAUGGCUGGAUGGUGCGCCAGCCAGGGCCGCAGCAGCGGAGGCUGUAAGGAAGGCAGCUGAGGAGGCGGCUGUGGCUGAGGCGGAGAAGCAGCGCCAGGCUGACUUGGCAAGGCAGGACCUCGAGAGGGCUCAGUGGAGGAUUGGUGAAGUGAUGGCAAAGGUGCAGGGGCUGCAGGCUGGGGCGGUGUCCCGUUGCGAGACUGGACGGGGCACUGGCAGCCGCACUCUGUGGUUGACCAAGCCAGAGCCACUGGUCAGGGGCUCCCCAGGAAGGCUAUUGUACAACAGCAGGGCCGGGGCGCUGUCAUCCAUUGUGUUCCCAGAAGGGCAGUGUCCCACGCUGUCGAUCGGAUGCAAUGGAUGGAACAAUCCGCAGGACAUCCUUAUGACAAGAGCUACGGAUGUGGUGGUACGCCCUGACGAGGAAUGGUGGGAAGCCACGUUUGAUGUCCCCCUUGAAGCAGUGGAAUUUACAUUUGUUGUGAAGUAUUAUGAUAUCUUUGACAACAACAAUGGUGCCGAUCAUAAGCUGUUGGUGCCCGUUUCUGGAGGAUUCAAGGCCUGGGAAGCCCACACAACUGAGUUGUUGAGACAGCAGGAGUUUGCGAACCGAAUUGAGCAAGAACGGAUACACAAUUUGAGGGAGGCAAAGCGGCAAGAGAUUCGGCAGAAGGGUAGGGACAAGGCCCGUGCUGUUGCACGGCGGCAGAUCAAGCAUGUCAUGUUUACGCAACCAUCCGUUGUGAAGGCAGGCGAGGAAGUCACUGUCUACUACUCGCCCAACGACACCCCCCUUAAUGGGUGCCAAGAUAUCUAUUUGCUUGGCGGGUGGAAUAGAUGGACGCACAGGAAAAACUACGGUCCCCUAAAAAUGAUGGCACCAAAGGAAGGAAACCAUUGGAGGGCAUCUGUGACGCCCCCCCGAGACGCCUACAUGAUGGAUUUCGUGUUUGCAAAUGUUUCUGGUGGUGAUGGGAUAUAUGACAAUCGAGGUGGCCUUGACUACCACCUGCCCAUUGAGGGCUCGGUGGCCACUGAGCCACCCCUGAAUAUUGUCCACAUCUCUGUUGAAAUGGCUCCCAUUGCCAAGGUUGGCGGCCUUGCUGAUGUUGUUACCUCCCUGGGCCGGGCAGUCAAGGAACAAGGGCACCUGGUGGAGAUCAUUCUACCAAGGUAUGACUUCUUCCUGCAGUCCCCGAUGCUGAACCAGAUGCAGUAUGAGACUGAGUUUGAUUGGGGGGGCACGCAUAUCUAUGUCAGCACCCAGAUCGUGGAGGGCCUACGUGUCUUUUUCAUAGAACCCAUGAACGGCUUCUUCAGCAUACCCACAGUGUAUGGAAGAAUAGAUGAUGGCCAGAGGUUCAAUUUCUUCUGCAAGGCAGCCAUGGAGUUUCUGCUACAAACUGGAAGGCAACCUGACAUUCUCCACUGCCACGAUUGGUCGACUGCCUCUGUGGCCCGGUCUUACUGGGAGGACUACCACUAUUUUGGACUGUGGAAGCCCCGUGUUGUGUUCACCAUCCACAAUCUGAACUAUGGGGAAAUUCAAAUUGGCGAGGCUGCACACUAUGCUCAACGGUUCACAACUGUGUCACCGUCAUAUGCAUUUGAAGUUGGCGGUCACCCAGCCAUUGCUCCCAACGUUGGCAAGUUCAUGGGGAUUAGGAAUGGAAUCGACACCGAACUCUGGGAUCCUGAGAAUGACCAGUUCCUUCCCCGCGGUUAUGAUGCCGAUUCCGUUGUGGAGGGCAAGAAGGCCGCGAGAGAGGCGCUGUCACAGCGUUUAGGGCUGGCAGGCUGGCGGGACGCACCCAUGAUCGGCGUCGUGUCUCGCCUAACAGCACAGAAGGGCAUUCACCUCAUCAAGCAUGUCGCUUGGCGCACGCUGGACAGGGGUGGGAUAUUCGUCUUGUUGGGAUCGGCACCGGACCCCAAGAUACAAGCAGAAUUUAAUGCCCUUGGAGGCCAGUUGUCUGGAGAGAACGCGAGUUUCUACUUUGCGUAUGAUGAGCCCCUCUCUCACCUUGUGUAUGCAGCCUGUGACAUCAUUGUUGUGCCAUCCAUGUUCGAGCCGUGUGGCUUGUCUCAAAUGAUUGCCAUGAGAUAUGGUGCGAUUCCUUGUGUGAGGAAGACCGGGGGGUUGCACGACACUGUUUUCGACGUCGAUUAUGACAAAGAGCGAGCUGCUUGGGACGUGGAAGGAUCAUCUGACUGGCAAAGGGAUGGUAUCGAGGCCACAAACGGUUACUCAUUUGAGGGCACUGAUCCGGGAGCCCUGGAUUCAGCGCUGCAGCGUGUCAUCGACGCGUACUACAUGGACAAGGGGUUCUUUCACGGCCUGCAGAAGCGCGUGAUGCUGCAGGACUGGAGCUGGAACCGGCCGGCCCUAGACUACAUCGAGCUAUACUACUCGGCAAUGAAGAGCUGA